AUGGCGGCCUGCAUGGUAACGUGGAAUUUCUUGCAGGCUGUAGAGUCGUCGUCAAAAUCAUUGCUGUUAGGAGACGACUACAUCACAGCUUUAGAACGCGGUAUUAACGUUGUUGAGUUAGACAAUUCUGUUAAAAGUGUUGGUUUGAGUGGUAUACCAAACAGUCAUGGUGAGCUACAACUAGAUGCAGCUAUCAUGAAAGGAGAUAUGCUGCAAUUUGGAGGAGUGGCUGCCAUGAAAAGAAUUGAUAGACCAAUCAGUGUUGCCCGCAAAGUCUUGGAAUGCAGUCAUCACAGUUUGAUUGUUGGAGAAGGAGCUACACAGUUUGCAGUGGAAAAAGGAUUUAAAUUACAACCACUGAUAACAGAAAAACAGGUACCAGUAGAUAGUUCAUCACCAUGUCAUGACACUGUGUGUAUGAUAAUCUUAGAUCGUCAUGGAAACAUUGCCGUAGGUUCAUCUACAAGUGGUUCACCAAAUAAACAUGUUGGUAGAGUUGGUGACUCACCAUUACCUGGGUGUGGACUCUAUGCUGAUAAUCAGAUUGGGGCUGCAGCAGCAACUGGUAAUGGAGAUGAAAUUAUGAGGUUUUGUUGCACUUUUCAGAUAGUACAGUACAUGAAACAAGGUUUGGAUGUGCAAUCUGCUUGUCAACAGAUGGUAACGAAUAUCUCUGAAAGAAUUGGAGUGAAUAAUAUAUUUGAAGUAGGAUUUAUCGCAAUGGACAAACAGGGUAAUUGUGGUGCAGCUGGAACGGUCAAAUCAUGGAGUGAUAAUGCAACCGAGUAUCCUGGAUUUCCAUAUGUUGUAUGGAAUGAAAAGACAAUGCCAGUACCGAGUAUUAAAGUCGAACCAGCUGUUAUAUGUAGUGCCACAUGA